AUGUCUUCCCCCAAUCGUGAGGCUGUCUUCCCAGAGCCUGAGCCUGAGCCUGAGUCUUCAAACUGCAAGAAAAAAAAGAAGAAAAGAAAGCGGCUACAGCAAGAGGCCAGCAUCCAAGCCCUCACUAGGGCUGGCCAUGGGGCCCUGCAGGCCGGCCGGAACCAUGAGGCCUUAAGCAGCUUCCAGAAGGCCUUCCUAUUGGCCUCUAAGGCCCCAAGAACCAAGGACAUCUCUGUGCUUCAAGCCUGUGCCUUCAACCUGGGGGCUGCUUAUGUGGAGACUGGGGACCCAGCCAGAGGCCUAGAACUGCUGCUGCAAGCCCAGCCUGCACAAAAUCCACAGGGCAGAUGUCAUGGGGACCAGUGUUUUAAUGUAGCUUUAGCCUAUCAUGCCCUUGGUGACCUGCCCCAAGCUUUGAACUGGUACCACAGGGCCCUGGGCCAUUACCAGCCACAAGGUAACCAGGGGGAAACCCAGGCAAAAAUGGGAGCCUGUUACCAGGCCCUGGGACAGCCUGAGCAAGCAGUCCACUGCCUGCAGGAAGCAAGCCAGGCCUAUGCCCUAGCAGGCCAGACCCAGGCCGCAGCCCUGGCACUGGGGGCUGCAGCUGGGUGUAUGUUGAAAAGUGGGCAGCAUGGGGUGGGUGAGGUGGUACAGGUGCUGGAGGAGAGCCGGAAACUUGCCGAGAGGAGCACCAAGACAGGAUUGCUGGGGCCACUCUACAAUGACCUAGGCCUGGGCUAUGCCCAGCUCCAGCUGUUCCCUCUGGCACUAGAGGCCUUCCUGCAGGCCCUACCCCUGUGCCAGGAGCCAGGAGAACAGGCUACAGUGCUGAGAAACCUUGGGAUGGCUCACAAUGCCCUUGGCAACUAUGAGGAAGCCCGGGAUUUUCACCAUAAGGCUGCCAACCUGCAUG